UUAUUAUGCUUAAUAUUGUUAUUUAUGUUCUGAAAUUAUUUGUAAUAAAUCUCAUUAUACAGGUAUGGCGCACGAGGAAGGAGCUACCCCUGAGUUGCUAGAUGCUCUCGUCGACAAGCGCCACCGGUCGUACAUGUCUGCGGUCCGUGGCAUCAGCUUAGGGACGUUUCGGGCUCGUGUGCCCAUGUCGACGAUGCCGAUACACCGUCGCUGGGUUCCUAGGUUACGCGCUUCAGGUCUUCUCCCGAUUGCGCGACUUGUGGAGGGAGAUAUGGCCGACCCUGCACGUCGACCUAGGGACAGGGCUCCACGGUUCCAGUUCGACAUGUCCCUCCUCGCGGCACUUCUCGACCGUUGGCGUCCGGAGACGCACACGUUUCACCUCUCGGUUGGUGAGAUGACCCCUACUCUUCAGGACGUGGCGAUGCUUCUAGGCUUGCCGUGUGCUGGACGAGCUGUGGGUGCAGAGGACGUGGGACUCUCGUGGCGCGACGACCUUUUGGCUCGGUUCGCCGGGGUUCAGCGCAACGAGCUAGCGUUGCCGUACCGGCCCUUGCCUGCGAACCAGGCACACGGACCGACAAAGAGGUGGCUUCUACAGUUCAGUGUGGACUACAUGAGGGCAGACGCAGACGACUUUACGGUUGCCAGGCACUUCGAGGCCUACUUACUGUGGCUGUUUGGCUGGGUCAUGUUCUGCAGCUCGCAGGGUGACUCGUGCCCCAAACAGCUCAUUCCUUUGGCGAGGUCGAUAGCUGACGCUCCACUUCACGAGAUGCCACAGUUCAGCUGGGGUUCUGCUGUUUUGGCUGCGAGUUACAGGGGUCUUUGCACAGGCGUGACGAAGGUCUCAGCAGAGGAGCCCAUUUUUGUUGGGUGUCCUCUACUGUUACAGCUCUGGUCUUACGAGCGCUUUCCCGUCGGUAGGCCAGAGAUGGACUUCGAGCCGUACGUCCAGCUGUCCCCAGACCACGACGACGUCGACAGACCUACGAUGGGUUCGUUGUGGUGCCUGAGGAGGCCUUCUUGGGUCGGCGUGCAGACGAGGAAGUCGUACCACGACUUCGUUGGUCAGUUUGACGCUCUUGUGGACACGGACGUGAGGUGGACACAGCAGGGUCAGCCACCAGGCUCGCGGUGGGCCGACAAGGUCCGUCCUUACGUCGACUCUUGGGCUGCGGCCCUCGACGACGUCGUUUUCGAGGAUCGGCUGCACAGCGACGAGGCGUUCGCGGACUACCUACGGUGGUACCUGCCGAGGACGCGCACACGUGUCGUGCACGUUCCACCAGAGGCUCCGAUCGAGGCCGCAAGGGUGUCGGAGACGUACCCCGUAGUUCGAGAUCAGAACUUCGCCAUAGCGGUAGAACCAGAGGAAGACAUGGUGGCCGUGCGUGGAUGGCUAAAGACUCCGUAUGAGAUGGCUACUGACUUCAUAUGA